AUUCAUGUUACGACUGACAGCACCGAACCCCCGGUCUGUCGCGACACACAAUGGGCCCGCAACAGGGCCAGAGCGGUCGGAAUACGCAGGUGGACGCGAUCGACCUGACUCUCUCAUCACCAGAGCCUGAAGCUAGACCCCAACACCAAGUGAGCAGAUAUCCGCAACAACAGCAGCCUGCUGGAGCAUUCAAGCAAGAGCCGGGGAGUUCGCAUAGAAGUGCGCACAGCGGCAACGACCACGCCCAACGGCAAGGUUCCACCCGCAGCGGCAAUGUUCCGCAGCAGCAGCCUCGCCGAAUCAACCCACAGCAUGUCAAGCAGAUCAUUGAUACCAGUAGCCAUCGCGCACUGCGACACAUUGUGCUGCAGCUGUGCAAAACAUCACCAGCGCUGUCUGGUGCGAUUGCGCGAGGUCUGGCACCUCACUCAGCGUAUGCUCAGCAGUUGAUACGUGGACAACAAGCGAAGUCGCAGGCACAGACCCAACACACAAUCAAGACUGAACCCAGGUCCAACGAACAAGAUGCGUACGAGCGUAUGAAAAAGCGCCUUGGACCUAGCAAUACUACUCAAAGUUCAGCUGCGAGACCGAACACCCACCGCUCACCAGCGAUUCAUGAGAAUCGAGACGGUCUUCGUUUGCCACCCAGCUCACAGAAAGCUCCAACAGUGAAGCGCGAACAUCGGGCUAGUCCUACGGACUCAGACGACAGCACUGAUAUUGUCGAUUUCCUAGAUAUCGAUCGAGCUGCGCGGGGACAUGAUCCACGUAACCAGAUAACAGCUAGUACUAGCUCCAGACAUCACUCAAUCGCUAAUCUCAGCGCUGAAGGAUUGGCUGGUCAUCAACGUGCGACGCAAUACGGUGCGCCUGACCAGAAGCCAAAACUUUGCUUGCAGUGUGGCGAACGGUUCAAGGAAGGCGAUAUCAACUGCUACUUCCAUAUUGGCCACGAAGGUCCCGCUAGGCCUGGCGACAUUCCCCAAUACACAUGCUGCGGAAAAUUCGUGGGCGAGCCUGGCUGCAACUUUGGUCGACACAUUAGCGAAAGAACGGGCACGUUGACGAAUUCCAAACGCCCAUCGCCAUUUCCUUACAAUGGCUCACAAUGGUCGAAGAAGCCGAGAGUUGUGUGACCUGAGUCUGUGCGACUCUGCAGCCCAGAAUCCCUCUUUGACAACGCUCUCGCAUGACACUAUGCAAGGACGAACGAUGUGUCACUCUCGAUGAGCAACAACAAUCUUGAGUAUCGAUCGGCCGUGUAUCUACGCCACGGUCGGGUGAGGUCAAUGAAGCCAGGGACACGCGCGCUUUUCGUUGAAUGAGUUCUGCAACUUAGCUUCACUUUGCUUUGUACCUGAAAGAUAUUUGCAUUGUUCUCGCGCCUCCUUAGCCAUGAUAGUUUCAUCUUGCUUCAA